AUGGACUACUUAGAAGCACCUCAAAAAGACUUAAGCUGUGAAGUUGAUGAUAAUCCAAACAGAGCCAAUUCUGGUAAAAAUGAUGAAAAGAAAGGAAAUAAAGGAAGCGGCAAAAGUGAAUCGGUUUCUGAUAGUGGAAAGACAGCUGUAGUGUUUUCCUUGAAAAAUGAAAUUGGUGGAUUGGUGAAAGCUCUGAGACUCUUCCAGGAAAAACAUGUGAGUAUGGUUCACAUUGAAUCAAGAAAAUCCAAGAGAAGGAAUUCAGAAGUAGAAAUUUUUGUGGACUGUGACUGCAGUAAGAAAGAAUUUAAUGAACUAAUUCAGUUGCUAAAGUUUCAGACUAACAUCGUAACUCUUAAUCCACCAGAAAACAUCUGGACUGAUGAAGACGAACUUGACUGCGUCCCUUGGUUCCCCAGGAAGAUUGCUGAAUUAGACAGAUGUUCACAGAGAGUUCUAAUGUAUGGCUCUGAGCUGGAUGCAGAUCACCCAGGAUUUAAGGACAAUGUAUAUCGACAGAGAAGAAAGUAUUUUGUGGAUGUUGCCAUGAGUUAUAAAUAUGGUCAACCCAUUCCCAGGGUGGAGUAUACAGCUGAAGAAAUUAAAACGUGGGGUACAGUAUUCAGGGAACUCACCAAACUCUAUCCCACUCACGCUUGCCGUGAAUAUUUAAAAAACUUCCCUUUGCUGACCAAGUAUUGUGGAUAUAGAGAGGAUAAUGUACCUCAACUGGAAGAUGUUUCUAUUUUUCUUAAAGAAAGAUCUGGCUUCACAGUGAGACCAGUUGCUGGAUAUCUGUCCCCUCGUGAUUUUUUAGCAGGAUUAGCCUAUAGAGUUUUUCACUGCACUCAAUAUGUACGGCAUGGUUCUGACCCUCUCUACACACCAGAACCAGAUACGUGCCAUGAACUCCUAGGACAUGUGCCUCUACUUGCAGAUCCCAAGUUUGCCCAGUUUUCACAAGAAAUAGGACUGGCUUCACUGGGAGCAUCUGAUGAAGAAGUUCAAAAAUUAGCCACUUGCUAUUUCUUUACCAUCGAAUUUGGCAUUUGCAAGCAAGAGGGACAACUACGUGCUUAUGGGGCAGGACUCCUGUCUUCUAUUGGAGAAUUAAAGCAUGCUUUGUCUGACAAGGCCACUGUAAGAAUAUUUGAUCCAAAGACUACUUGUUUGCAAGAAUGCCUUAUUACCACUUUUCAGGAAGCUUACUUUGUCUCAGAAAGUUUUGAAGAAGCCAAAGAAAAAAUGAGGGACUUUGCAAAAUCAAUCAAUCGUCCCUUUUCAGUGUAUUUCAACCCAUACACGCAAAGCAUUGAAAUUCUGAAAGACACCAGAAGUAUAGAAAAUGUUGUCCAGGACCUUCGGAGUGAUCUGAACACGGUGUGUGAUGCUUUAAGCAAAAUGAACAGAUAUUUGGGAAUUUGAUGGCUAUGGCACUGCAGCUUUGCUGUUCGCUGCUCCUUCUGUGGCUAUGCUAGCAACAUCAUGUGGUCCAGUUUCUUAGAGCCAUCCAUCUUCCCUCUGUAGCUUGGUCAGUGAUUUGCAUCAUUGUGUAGCUCUAAUUGUAACUUGUGGAUGAAACAAGGCAAUACUAAUUUGCAAACUCAACAAGAAAUAUGGUGGCCUACAAACAGCAAUUCCAUAAGAGAAUAUCAUGUAAAAUAUGCUAUUAAAAGCUUACCUGACAAUGAUUUUGUUUACUUAAAGAGACUGUUCACUUAAAAGCUACAUAUAAGAAAUGGCUCAUGAUUUCAUUAUGAUUCUAAACAUACCUAUUGUUUCUUUACAACCUCUUGUCCUUGAUAGAGUCUGAAAAAAAAUUGCUAAUUUUUCCCUUGUAUGGAUCCAUAUUUCUAUGUAUACUGGAAAGAACAACUUUUCCUUUUAUGACUCUGCAAUUGAUUGUCUCCUGUAAUUGAACAAUAGAAUGUAUAUAAUACUGAGAAGGGAGGGAAGAAUAUACAUUAUUGUUAAAAGGACUUCUGAGUUGUAAACUAUAGAUAUUUAAUGGAAAAAUAUUUCAAAUUAGCUGAAUAAUUGCAAAAAAUGUACAACUCUUAAUUCAAAUAGGAAGAUAUUUUAACUUAAUACCUGCCACUACUUAUGAGUGCCACAGAAAUUCUUCCCUUGAAAAGAGGUUUUAAUAGUGAGACUCCUGAUGUCAUUCCAUGUGGUCAAGUGUCAAUGUAAAACCCGCUAUGAUUAUGUGCCUUCCUCAUUCCCAUAUUCAGAUAUAUUUUCAGAGAGAUUUCAUAUUUCUAUGAUUCUUGUUAUCAAGUGGCACUCAUUUUAUGUGGAAAUUACUAGCAACAUUUAGAACAUCUGCAAAGCUAUUUCAGACACAUAUUGAAACCACUUUCAGCUGAAAUAUCUGUGCAGAUGCUCAAAAUGUUGCUAGCAAUUUCAACAUAAAAUGAGUGCCACUUGAAAACACAGACUCAUAGAAAUGCAGGGCUGGAAGGGACCUUGUGAAAGGUCAUCAAGUCCAGCCCCCUGCAGUGAGGCAGGACCAAAUAUAUCUUGACCAGG